AUGAUGUUUCGUCGUAUUGUAUCGGCAGCAUUAGCAAGCACUGCGUCCAGUUUCUCGGCAGGCCACAAGAUGCCUGCCACCACUGGCGCUCGCACAUUGGUGACGGCCGCACGAAGCUCGUCGUUAAAGUUGGUUGGAUCCAAAACCACUCGUCGCCGUCGCCAGCCUGGUUUGGCCAUGAUUUUUGGAAAUCUGUUUGGGGGCGGUGCCUUCAAUUUGAAGAUUGACUAUUCCACACUGGAUCACCCAGGUCCCGAGCUGGCAAAGUUUGCCGAAGAAGGAAAGGCUCCCGAACGGUCCGAGAGGGACCCUCAUUUGAGACUAGCCACUUUUGCGGGUGGGUGCUUUUGGGGCCUGGAACUGGCCUUUCAGAGGGUACCAGGUGUUGUGGAAACAGCGGCGGGAUACGCACAAGGAAAGGAAGAAAUGCCCACCUAUGAGCAAGUCUGUGCCGGGGCCACUGGGCAUACUGAAGCCGUUAUAGUCUACUAUGAUCCCAAGGAAUGUUCCUAUGAGAGCCUAUUGGAUGCAUUCUUUGAGCGUGUGGACCCUACUACGGUGAAUGGACAGGGUCGUGACUACGGCAAACAAUAUAGAACUGGAAUAUAUUUUCACUCCAAAGCUCAAGAGAAGAUUGCCAGAGAACGCUUUGAAGCUGUCAAAACUCAAUACAAAAGGCCGAUUGCGACGGAACUAAAGGCAGCAACGCCUUUCUGGCCUGCGGAAAAAUAUCACCAGCAGUAUCUAGAGAAAGGUGGGAGAUUUGGCCGCCCCCAAACGGCUGAAAAAGGUGCUUCCGACACGAUUCGAUGUUACGGAUAA